AUGGGUCUCAGUGGCGCUGGAGCAAAAUGGUACCUGCGCUAUUUGAAAGAUGGUCUAAGUUCGGAAGAGGCCCUUAAGAAGGUUCAGGAACGACCUAAGCCUUCGCCGAGAGAACCGAAGACGAGGGGAGCGGUGAAAACCAGCUCGCAAGGGGGGAAUGCUCCCAAUGAAAGUAACCUUGAACCCAAGGGAGAAAAAAUCUCGAGUAGCUCUGAAGCGAAUAUAGGAACCAGGAGACCCGGCGUUAGCCAUGCUGACGCGGAUAAGGGCAUUAGACUGGCAAUUCUACCGAAAACGUACCCCGAGCAAAAACUCACUCGUGAGGAGCAAGGACAAAUAGAAGAACUUAUUGUCAAGCAGAUGUGUAAGGGGUGGAGGGCCAAGCUUAUAUUCCGUGGCAUACAUUUUCGACCAGGGUUAAUACUGGUAGAUUGUGCGACAGAGGACACAGCGGAAUGGCUCAGAACUGUAGUUCCUAAACUGCCAGGCUGGGACGGGGUUGAACUGUUAACAUGUCUUUGGAGCAAUAUAAAAGUGAUGCACAAGGCGACAGUUUACCUGCCUAAAUCUGCAGGGUUUGAGACAACGAAGCUCCUAGAUCUCAUUUCUACACAAAAUCAGGGUCUCCAUACGCAGCUGUGGAGAGUGUUAAUGUGUUAUGAUGAUGGCAAAGGAAAACUGCUUACGCUCGGAUUGGAUGGCCAGUCGCUGGAGACUAUUAAGAAUAAUAACUGUGUCAUCAAAUACAGAUUUGGGUGCAUUCGAGUGGAUUUGGAGAAAUCCGCUAUCCUGUGUAUCGAACCGUCUGCUGCUACAGCUACAGGAAACGACUACAUUCCAGGAGCGUCUGAAGCGAGAGCGGAGUAA